AUGAACGUUGCAGAUAGAGGAAUGCAUAUAAUUCUCCUGUAUUUGAGAAUGAAUGCUUAUACAAUUCUAUCAAUUUAAAUGCUUACUAAGGUUAAUCAAAUAUGUUCAAGUAGCAAUAAUCUAAAAUUUAGAUGAUGGAGAAUUAUUUUUAUCUGUCUCUCUUAAAGGAGCAAGUUUCAUGAUAAUUCUUAAUUUAAUUGCAUUUAUUUAUGUGAAGGCAAAAGAGAAAAUGCAAGUUUCUGAUAAUUUUUUGUUAGCCUUCUUAAACAUUUGCUGGGGGAUUAUAGAAUUUAUGAAGAUUUAUCAAACAGCUGAAAUAAAUAUAAAUGAAUGUGAAUAUAUAAUUAAUAUUCAGCAAAUAACAUUUUACUUUUAGGCUACAACCGCAGUAUGGGUAAUAAAAAGAUAUUGAUUUAGGUUAUAUUGGCAUUUUUUUUCAGUUAAAUUGUGAUAAGAAUAACUAGCUUACCAAUUAAUUGUGUUUCUUUAUAUUUGAUAUUUGUCAAUUAGAAGCAAAGUUGUAUGGAAGAUAACAUUUAUUAUUUAAUGAUUUUUUCAACAGUGUGGCUAAUCAUAUUAGGAAUUCCAUAUAAUUUUUUUAUGAGUGCUAAUAAAAGAGUAUCAGGUCCAUUUUAAUUCUUAACAACAAUUGGAAUUCUUAUUUAGAUACCAGUAUGUGGUACUUAAUACAUGUUUAAAUAUAGUAUUAAUAUAUCUGUAUGGAAUGAAUUAUAAAGAUGAUGCAUGUCAAACUGCAUAUAGCGGUUAAGAAAUAUUUCUGGUAAUAUCUGUACUACAAUUAGUGUUACUACUAAUUUACUUUAUAUAUUACAAAGUAAAAUUUAUUAUUAUUAUCAAAAUAGAGAUUUGAAAAAGAGAAAAAGAAUGAAGAAAUAUCAAAAGAAUUAGUGAAUUUAUCCACAACGACAGCAAAUACUAAAUUAUCUAGCACUAAGUAUACCAUAAAAAAAUGA